GUUUUGGUAUUACUUCCGGGGUUGACGUCUCAGAUGAACGAUGAAGCGUGCGAGCUAACCUAGCAGUUUAAAUACUCAAGUACGAAUGUUUCUAUCGCGCUGUGUUUGUUAGAGACAAACGCCGCAAUGGCUUAAGGAAGCGGUGACUUUGGCGUGGUGGAAUAUAUCGUUAGAGACAGAAGAUGAUAGAACCAGAGGUACUGACCGAGGUCCCCGCGGCGCUGAAGCGGCUGGCCAAGCAGGUCGUAAGGGGCUUCUUCGGAGUGGAACAUGCGUUGGCCCUGGACGUGCUCAUUCGCAACCCGUGUGUGCGUGAGGAGGACAUGCUGGAGCUGCUCAAGUUCGAUCGUAAACAACUGCGCUCAGUGCUCAACACCCUCAAGGCAGACAAGUUUGUGAAGUGUCGCAUGCGAGUGGAAACGGCGCCCGAUGGCAAGACAACGCGCCACAACUACUACUUCAUCAACUACAGGGUGUUGGUCAACGUGGUGAAGUAUAAAUUGGAUCAUAUGCGAAGGCGCAUUGAGACGGAUGAGCGAGACUCCACCAACCGCGCUUCCUUCCGGUGCCCAUGCUGCUUCUCCACCUUCACAGAUCUAGAGGCCAAUCAGCUGUUUGACCCAAUGACCGGUACAUUUCGCUGCACCUUCUGCCAGACAGAGGUGGAGGAGGACGCGUCCGUCUGUUCCGACGGCAGGACGCUAGUGGCACGCUUCAACGAGCAGAUCGAGCCCAUCUACGCGCUGCUACGUGAGACCGAAGAUGUUAACUUGUCUCAGGAUCUGCUGGAGCCCGAGCCGGCUGAGAUUCCUGCCCUCAAACAGAGCCGCGAUCGCGCCGCCGCAGCAGCCGGACUGAACCUAAGCGGACCGCACCGCGAGGCCUGGUCAACCAAAGGCUCGUCUUACGCUGACAUGUACACCCAGAAUGUGGUCAUCAGCAUGGAGGAGCAGGAGGAGCAGCAGAGGCAGGCCAUGGAAGGCAAGGCCCCGAAGGAGAGGCCGGUCUGGUUGACCGAGAGCACCGUGCAGGGUGCUUACAGCGAGCCCGACGUCAUCAAGAGCAGUGGAGACGUCGCUCCUGUGGCCCAGGAUGUAACUGCAGGUCAUGGAAUUGGUCAUGCAGAUGAGAACGAGGAGGUGAUGCGCGCCCUGCUCAUCCACGAGAAGAGAGGCGUGGCGGGACCGGGCGGAGGCGGAGCAAGCACCGCAGCCAGGAAGCUCACCUCCUCCAAAGCCAACGCCAGCGACUCCGAGAGCGACACCAGCGAAUCGGACGACGACUCUCCCUCGGUUCCGCCCGCCGCGGCGGCCCAGCAACGGGUUGCCGCGGAGGAGGAAGAGGACGAUGAUGAGUUUGAGGAGGUGGGGGAUGAGCCGAUGGUGAUGGUGGGAGGCCGGCAGUUCUCCUACCGAGAGGUCAGCCAGAGGCCGGAGCUAGUGGCGCAAAUGUCUGCCCAGGAGAAGGAGGCCUACAUUGAAUUGGGACAAAACCUCUUCCAGGACAUGUACUUCUGAGCACACACCCUCAUAGAAACACAUACAUUUACACACUCAUCAGCAAUUUGAUGCCUGUGCUCCGAGUUCCACAAAGUACACUUCUGCUGUCUCACACUUCUGCUGUCUCACACGAUCAGUUAUGACGUCUGAGAAAAGGUUUGCGGACACGACGUCUCAAGAAAAAAACAAAAAAAACAAGAUGCUGCUCAAUAAGUAUUUCCAGUCAGCUUCAUGCUCUUUUGAUUAUAAGGACAUGCCUUGACGGUGUUGCCUAGGUGAUCGCGCCUGUAGUAUUCUUUCCUCAGUAUUUUUUAUUCUCAGUCAUCAGCCCCGAAGGAAACUAGCCAGCAGUUUUUGCCGGUUUAGAGUGCCAAUUCUUUUUUUUUUUUUUUGUUAAUCUGAAAUGAAAAAUAAAAACAGACGAACGCA